UCGGAGUGUUUUUUUAGGUGCCCCUCUAGUUGAAGUGACCAUUUAACUCAAGCGUCCAUUACUUUCUAGAAAUUUAAAACCAUUCAAGAUCAUAUUUUCUACCUCAACUUGGCCACAAUGGCAGGGAACUUUUGGCAGAGUUCACAUUACCUACAGUGGGUCCUGGAUAAGCAGGAUCUGCUGAAAGAGCGUCAGAAAGAUCUGAAGUUCCUCACAGAGGAGGAGUACUGGAAACUGCAGAUAUUUUUUGCGAAUGUAAUCCAGGCCUUGGGGGAACACUUGAAACUGAGACAGCAGGUCAUUGCCACGGCAACUGUCUACUUCAAGAGGUUUUAUGCUAGAUACUCUUUAAAGAGCAUAGACCCAGUGUUGAUGGCUCCUACUUGUGUGUUUCUAGCUUCUAAAGUGGAGGAAUUUGGAGUUGUUUCAAACACUCGCCUUAUUUCUGCAGCAACCUCUGUGUUGAAAACACGAUUCUCCUAUGCCUUUCCUAAGGAGUUCCCAUAUAGAAUGAAUCAUAUCUUGGAGUGUGAGUUCUACCUACUGGAGCUUAUGGACUGCUGUCUGAUUGUGUACCACCCCUACAGACCUUUAUUGCAGUAUGUUCAGGAUAUGGGUCAGGAGGACAUGCUCCUCCCCCUAGCAUGGAGAAUAGUGAAUGAUACGUACAGGACAGACCUAUGUCUGCUCUAUCCUCCCUUCAUGAUAGCUCUUGCAUGUUUGCAUGUAGCGUGUGUGGUGCAGCAGAAGGACGCCCGGCAGUGGUUCGCUGAGCUCUCUGUGGACAUGGAUAAGAUCUUGGAGAUUAUCAGAGUAAUCCUGAAGCUUUAUGAUCAGUGGAAAAACUUUGAUGACAGGAAGGAAAUGCCUGCCAUAUUAAACAAAGUUCCCAAACCCAAGCCACCACCCAACAGUGAGAACGAUCAGAGCUCCAACGGGAAUCAGAACAGCUCAUACAGUCAGUCUUAAAGCUCACCUCUGCAGAGGCAGCCAAGGGGAGUCCAGACCAAACACAGCAGCGCACCAUGGACAUCUGACUUCUGUUCAUGUCAAGAACCCCAUUUGUUUUGAUGAUGGAGGAUGAUGCAAACUCAAUUUGUAGGCUGUCUCUACAUCCAUUCGAGGUCUGCCCUUAUGAUCUCCAGCAGCAAGAGCAGUUGUGAUGUCACUGUUUCCUCCACCAAUCAGAGUCUGUGUUAAGCUAAUGUUUGCUUACUGAAUGGAGCCACAAUGUUGGCCUCAGCUAACCAGUGAUGGAAUACUGCUAGGACUCUGAGGUGUUGCUUCAAUAUGGCUGUACUGUGUCAUACUGUUGGCUUAUCAUUACGGCCACAUACACACGCACUCACACACACACACACACCUGCCUGUGAAGUGUGCUCAGCUAUGUUGUUCUUUAUCCUGAUCCUGACUUCCUUGAAGAAUCCCAUGAAGCAAGUGCUCUAUGGGAACAAGAAAACUUGACCAUUGUUUCCGCAUUCUGUGUGCGCGCAUGUGUAUAUGUGCAAGGUUGUGUGUGUGUGUGUGUGUGUGUGUGUGUCUGUCUGCGCGCCUCUUGUUGACCAUAUCACAGGUUGUAUUCCUCAGGGAAAAAGCAGUUUACUCCACAGAAGGCUGUCUGUGAAAUAACUGGUCACAGGGCUACGUGAAAGUGAUCUCAUUGGACCCUUGUACUGUGUACUCUAAUCCUGAUUGGAUAUUUUUCCUGUCUUUUGUUGCAGUUUGGCAUAGGCACUGUGAAUGAGAAAGAACAGGUUAUAUUUUUUUCUUUAGAAGUUCUUGUCCCCCCCCCCCCAAAAAAAAAACCUGCACUUGUAAAUAUGCUUUUAUAAUGUAUAUUUAAAAAGUAAUCUUCAGAUUAAUUUACUUCGUAUUUGCCUAUAACCAAACACUUAUUUUAAUUUUAUGUCUUGUUGAAAAUAUUAUGUAGAUUUAUUUUACUGCUGUUAGGUGUAGUAUGUGAUGUUUGUGUAUUUCAAACAUCCAGCAGCCUAAUGGCUGUGUUUUUCCCAUAGCCAGUAUGUGUAAUUAGGUUUUGAACAUUAUUGUUUUUUCUGUUGAAAGGAUCAAGAGAUGUUUUCUCUGAUUGAUCAUUACGUUUCUCACAGGGGCCUUUGAUUGUACAACAGCAAAAUACUAUUCUUUGGCACAAAAAUUAAUUUGUAUUAGUGCUGUUUUGGUAUCCUUUUUGGAUGUGUGCCAGCUCAAUAUAGUUCUCCCGUGAUAUGGCUUUUUCUUUUUGUUUUGUUUGUUUGGGUGUAAUACUUUCCUGUAAAUAUUUUUAAGGAGUCCAAGUGGAGUAGAAGGUAUUUGAAUUUUGUCUUGAUUUUUUUGAGUGUCACAGAUUGAAUGCCUUAUUCAAUAAAGCUGCUGGUUUGAACAAG